AGCUGAGAUCCGGGUUAUUUAAACCUCCUCUCGUGGGCUGGGAAAAGUUGGAGAAGAGGAGCUGGAGAAGACGGUCUUGGCAAGUGCUGGAAUUCGGGUUUUUAGAAGCGCCGCUACCAGCUCUGGGCACCUGCUGGAAGCCGAGGAGGUUUCAACCUGCGAAACUCGCUCCGGGUGACGGAGAGCGCUCGACGAACCGGCUGAGGUUUUUGCAUCAUGGAGUUCCCAGACUUGGGUGAACACUGCAGUGAGAGAACUUGCAAGCAACUGGAUUUCUUACCCCUGAAAUGCGAUGCGUGUGGAGAGAUCUUCUGUAAGGACCACAUCGCAUACAGCCGGCAUAGAUGUUCUUCUGCAUACAAGAAGGAUGUCCAGGUUCCGGUCUGUCCUCUCUGUGACAUUCCCAUCCCGGUCAAGAAGGGAGAAACGGCCGACGUCGUGGUCGGAGCCCACAUGGACAAAGGCUGUCGGCCGGAUUCCGCCCGGCAGAAGGAAAAGAUUUUCACGAACAAAUGCUUCAGGCCCGGCUGCAGGAAGAAAGAGAUGAUGAAGCUGGUUUGCGAUCAGUGUCGCCGGAACUUCUGCCUUCAGCAUCGGCACCCCCUGGAUCACGAAUGCCCAGGGCAGAGUCGGAGCGUCUCUAAAGCAGGAUGCGCCGCUCAGAUGAGGUUGCUGGAAUCCAGGCAGAAGUCCUCGAAUGGUCAACUUCAGCACAACAGGUGUAGCGCAAAGAGCUGAAAUUGCACAAACCGGAGCCAGAACUACCUCAGCUGUAGGACUUGUGAUGUGUUUUCUGUACUAAAGUAUUUUGCAUCUUAGCCUUUCUAAUAAAAUCAACCUUUCCAAAUGUCACCUGGCACUCUGCUGAAGGAUCAAAUAGCCAUUGAGUUUAAUAACCUUGUGUGAUCCAGACUAGCUUGCAGAAAGCAGUUGUGUGUGACACUGCAGUUUGGAGUGGGGAGAACACUGAAGAAAAUAAAAACGGGGGGCUCAAGCAAGGGAGCCAAGUAGUAUUGUGUCUUAUUAUUCCCUUCUUUCUGUCUUCAUCUUCAACCCUCCGCCCUCCCGCCACAGCCCAGAAGUAAGAUCUAAUCAUAAAUGCUGGUUGUGAAUGCUUCUGGGUAUCCCUUGACAAUACUGUAG